GCGAAAUUCCACGGUCUGAAAGUGGCAGCGCGUGGUCGUCGUUGUCGCGUUCGUUCGUUACAAUCAUUUCAUUCCUACGUGUGAAAAAUAAUUAAUAUUAUUACUGGAAGAAAAUAUCGAGUAAGUUUCGUAGUCGAUAUAUAUCGAUUAGGUUUGUUUAACAGUGUCGUCGAGAGAUUCGUGUUUAAAAACGUGCGGAUUACAAUCAUCUCUCGUGUGUCUUUCAUCUCCUACGUGUGCAUUAUUAUUACCAACACAACUAUUAUUCUACUCCCCUCACGUUCACUCUCACACAUUUAUUCACUUACUCAUUUUAUCUCUUUCUAUUUGAAGUGAGGAGAGGAAUGAAUAUAUGUUGUAUUUGAUAGUAUUGCAAAUACACGCGUGUGUUUUUAUAUAUUGUCGACGAAAAAUCCUUGGUUGGGAUUAGCUGUAGUAACCAAUCGAAUUUCGACAUUGUCUACGUAUUCUUAUCGUGUUUUCUUUUGACUGUCAUCUGUCGUCUCUUUAACUCUUCCUUUGGCUCUCUCUGUGGCAUAUUUCGUCGUCCGGAUCGAAGUCGUCCAAGUUGGCACGAGGUUGGUUGCUUGGUCUUAUUGGACGUUGUGUUGGGUGCGGUGGUGGCAGCGGCGGCGGCGGCGGUAACGACAGUUGACGGUGUCACCGAGAUACUGACCACGACGAUAUCUAAUAGCCAUUGACAACAACAACAACAACGAAGACAUUUGACGAUAACAAAAACAAAGUUGCUCGAAGGAAGCCAAAAAAGUGCAACUACUACUAAGAGAGUGCUGUGUUUCUCUCUUUCAUUUGUAUUCUAACGAGUAAGAGAAAGAAAGAGAGAGAGAGAGAGUGGUGGGAGGAUAAACGAAGAGUGAGUGAGAGAGAGAUAGCUAUCCAACGUGUACGAGAAAGAGAGAAAGACAGGUAAUCUGCGCAGAACAAGUGGAAAUACCAAACACACUGUGUAUUACAUACAAAAUUAUAUAUAUAUGUAUAUAUAAAAUAGGAACGCGGAUCGUGCGCGAAUAGAUAAUAGAAAAAAAAAGAGAAAGGUGUUUCCUAAAAAAACAAAACAAAAAUAAAUGUUCUAUAUUUAUACUAUGUGUGUACAUAUAAUAUAUGUGCCGGGUUGUAUAAAUGUUUAGGUUGACGCGUUAAUGUUUCGUCGUAAUUAUUUGAGUCUUCCUCCUUUUUGGUUGAUAAAUCAUUCGCGAUAUAUAUCGGUUUUCGUGGUAAUAAGAACGUGUGCCGUGCUGCUGCAACCUGUUGUUUUAUCAACAACGCGCUCGUGUUCUUGUUGUUCUUGUGCAUCGUUACGUUUCUUCAUCUACUCGGAAUCUUGUUUCCACGGAUGCAAGAACGAGUACCCUUGUGAUACCGAGGUCGAGUUAACGGCCGACUUAACCUUACUAUCAUCGAUCAAGAAAGCAAAAACAAGAAGAACGUACAUCAUCAUCAUCAUCAUCAUCGUCAUCAUCGUCAUCGUUACGAGAGGCCAUCAGGAUGAACGGGUAAGAAUCCCGGCCAACUUGGCGUUCAUCCGCACCUCGCCGCUACGAAUUCCGCGGGUGAGUGUCCCGGAAUUCCAGUACGCUCGAGGGACGAGCGCGUCCCUGAUGAUGAGGGGUAGCGACGAGCUUCUGUCGCAAAGCGGUGCAGUCAGCAAUGGUGCUGCUAUGAGUCCUCAGCCUCAUCAUGCGGCUGACAACAACAAUGAUGCAAAAAAGGUGAAACUCGACAAGAGUCACAAUGGCAAGCCGUCUAAAGUAGUUCAUAUAAGAAAUAUACCUAAUGAAGUAUCUGAAGCUGAGAUAAUACAUUUGGGUCUACCCUUUGGUCGUGUCACCAAUGUCCUCGUUCUCAAGGGUAAAAAUCAGGCAUUCCUUGAAAUGGCCGAUGAAAAUGCUGCUGCCACAAUGGUUACGUAUUAUGCCUCGUGCAUAGCACAACUUAGGGGCAGAGCAGUUUAUGUUCAAUUCAGCAAUCAUCGUGAAUUAAAAACGGAUCAGGCACACAGCAACAACGCGGUCAGUAGCCCUACAAAUGAUGAAGGCCACGCAUCCAAAAACUCAUCUAAUCAAGUUGCGAUACCAGGUCAAAAUCAAGUUUCCUCUCAAGCCGAAACGCAAGGUGGACCGAACACAGUAUUAAGAGUAAUCGUAGAACAUAUGAUUUAUCCAAUAUCCCUGGACAUAUUGUAUCAGAUAUUUACACGUUUUGGAAAGGUCCUGAAAAUCGUUACCUUCACGAAGAACAGUUCCUUCCAAGCUCUGAUACAGUAUGCAGACAUGGUUGCAGCGCAGACUGCUAAAUUCGAAUUGCAGUCACUUGAUGGGCAGAACAUUUAUAAUUCCUGCUGCACGCUACGAAUCGACUACAGUAAAAUGCAAAAUCUAAAUGUUAAAUACAACAACGACAAGUCAAGAGACUACACUAAUCCAAAUUUACCAACCGGCGAUGCAAACAUUGACGCUGCAUCCUUGGCCUUGGGUGGUGAACUUUUACCACAAAUACUAAUGGGUGCUGGAUCUCAACCACGUGCUAGAAUACCCGAAGAGAACCUACAAGAAAAUCAGAGCGUAUUUCUACCGAUGCUAGAGUCGAUUGCAGGAGCACCUGGUGUAUUACCGACACCCUUUGCAGCUAUGCACGGCCUACCAUCACCCUUGGCAGGUCCUUACAAUGGUGUACCACCAGCUGGAGGCCUAGGUGGUCUUGGAGGUUUUCCAUUAGGAGCUGGUGCCCUUGGUGUGCGUGUACCAGGGGGUGGACAAUCAUCUGCCGUUUUACUCGUUAGCAACCUCAACGAGGAGAUGGUCACGCCUGACGCUCUCUUUACCCUGUUUGGUGUUUACGGGGAUGUACAACGUGUGAAGAUACUUUACAACAAGAAGGACUCGGCACUGAUUCAAAUGGCCGAACCUCAUCAAGCGCAUUUAGCGAUCACCCAUAUGGACAAAUUAAGAGUAUUUGGUAAGCAAAUCAAAGUUGUGUUAAGUAAACAUCAAACAGUUCAACUACCUAAAGAAGGACAACCGGACGCAGGAUUAACCAAGGAUUACACGAGCAGUCCUCUUCAUAGAUUCAAAAAACCUGGCUCUAAAAAUUAUCAAAAUAUCUAUCCACCGAGUUCCACUUUGCAUUUAUCAAACAUUCCAGCUACGGUAACCGAAGAAGAGAUCAAAGAUGCCUUUAGUAAAAAUGGAUUUAACGUCAAGGCCUUCAAAUUCUUUCCAAAGGACAGAAAGAUGGCUUUAAUACAACUACUUAAUAUGGAUGACGCCGUUGCAGCUCUCAUCAAAAUGCAUAAUUUCCAACUCAGCGAAUCCAAUCAUCUUCGAGUAUCAUUCUCGAAGAGCAACAUCUAACAAGAGACACUGGUUAGCUAGCAGCAGUGGUUUCAACCCUACGCCCUUGUCCACUAUUGGUGAUCAAACGUGCUCUAGCAAUUAAAUAAUAAUAAUAAUAAUAAUAAACGGCCUUGUCAAGCCACCACCACCUCUUCUAACUCGUCGUCCCUUCAAAGUUUUAAGGCCACUGACUGUUAUUAUAAUCUCUGUGUACAUAAGACGCGCAACAAAACCCCAUUUGGAUUAAUAAAAAGAA